AGCUGUGUGUGAUUAAAUAUGUUUGAUCUCUGAUGUAAACAAGAAUGGACGGUACCUAUUGUACACGUGGCAGCCAGCACACAAAACAUCAAUAUAUGUGUGUGUGUGUGUGUGUGUUUUUUUUUUUUCCUCUUUUCAACAAAGAAAUGACCUUCAUGUUUGUUUGGCGCACCCUUUCAUGUGUGUGCAAUUGCAAUUGCUUUCCUGUGAACACUUGUAUUUGCUCGUUGAUGAGAGGACAUUUAAGGACAAGCCAAUGACCCGACUGAGCACAUUUGUGAGUGACUCUAUACUCCAGUUAUUACGGCUGGAAGCUGAACACAGCAUGGCCGCCUCCAUGAAGAGCGUUUGUGCUUCAUGAGCUUGACACCAACAAUCCAGGAAUUCAACUAAAGUGCUCCCUCGUCAACACCUUCAGAGGCUCAGGUGAGCAGUCGGCCUCUCACAUGUUGACAAAGAAGCGCCCCCUCCCGUGGAGCGUCCUGUCCCUGCUCUCCAGACGGGCCGCUCACCUCGCCAGACAGCAGUAUGAUGUCAUCGUGGUGGGUGGAGGUCACGCAGGGACCGAGGCGGCGGCGGCAGCGGCCAGAGUGGGAGCCGAGACUCUUCUGGUCACACAGAAAAUACAAACCAUUGGUGCUCUGUCCUGUAACCCGUCUCUGGGUGGAGUCGGGAAGGGGCAGCUUGUGAAAGAGGUGGAUGCUCUGGACGGACUUUGUGGUCGAGCAGGAGACUGGGCUGGGAUCCACUUCACCAUCCUGAAUCGCAAAAAAGGCCCCGCAGUGUGGGGCCCGAGGGCCCAGCUGGACCGUCAACGCUACCGUGAAUUCAUUCAGUCUGAGCUGCUGUCCACUCCCAGGCUCACGGUGUUGGAAGGUUCAGUGGAGGAACUGCUGGUCACAGAGCCGAACCCAGAGGAGCCGGGACACCACAGAGUCACAGGGAUACGUUUGGCAAACAGAAGUCAGCCCAUCACAGCCAGCUCAGUGGUUCUUACCACAGGCACUUUCUUAUCUGGCGCCCUUUUCAUGGGCCAGACCAUGUCCCCCGGGGGUCGAUUUGGAGAUGCUCCAUCUAGUGCUGGGCUGUCUCACACUCUGAGGGAGAGGCUAGGACUCAGGACAGGCAGACUGAGAACUGGCACUCCUCCCAGGAUUGUGAAGGAUUCAGUGGACCUCUGCCAGGCUCAACUUCAUCUGCCUGACACACAUCCAACUCCAUUCAGCUUCCUUAAUAAACAUACACGCUGCAAGCCUGAAGAGCAGCUGCCUUGUCACCUGACCACUACAACGCCUGGAGUGGAAAGAGUCGUGAAGGAGAGUCUUCAUCUCAACUGUCACAUACAGCAAGACACCAAGGGACCCAGAUACUGCCCGUCCAUCGAGUCACGCGUGCUUCGCUUCCCAGGCCGGAGUCACCAGGUGUGGCUGGAGCCCGAGGGGUUGACCUCUGACCUUCUGUACCCACAGGGCCUGUCCAUGACCAUGCCCCCCGACAUGCAGCUGCGACUCAUCAGAGAAAUCCCAGCCUUGCGCCGAGCUGAGAUCCACACUCCUGGUUAUGGUGUACAGUAUGAUUUUGUGUGCCCCACUCAGCUGAGCCCUGCUCUGCAGGUGAAAAGCACUCAGGGUCUGUUUCUGGCUGGUCAGAUCAAUGGAACCACAGGCUAUGAAGAGGCUGCUGCACAGGGGUUGUGGGCGGGCGUGAACGCCGCCCGCUGGGCGCUCUCCUUACCUCCAGUGGCGUUGUCUCGGACAGAGAGUUACAUUGGAGUUCUGAUUGAUGACCUGGUGUGUCGAGGAGUCACAGAGCCGUACCGCAUGUUCACCAGCAGAGCGGAGUUCCGGACCUCUCUGAGGCCGGACAACGCUGACCUCCGCCUCACUCUGAAAGGGUCGGAGGAGGUUGGCUGUGUGUCGUCCCUGCGUUACCGCGAGGCAGUGAGAGUGAGGGACAGUCUGCAGGACGCUCUCGCGGCUCUUCACGCUCUCGCGCUGUCCACAAACAAGUGGAGAAACAAGCUGCCCGGCCUGCAGAUGAGUGAGAACAAGAAUACACUGGUGACUGCGGGCGAACUGCUCCAGUACAACCAUGUUACUUUUGAAAUGUUGGCGUCCGUCUUCCCAGAGAGCCUCUCUCCUUACACAGAAUUCUCACAGAGACUCAAGAUAGAAGCUGUGUACAAGCCGUACUGUGACAUGCAGAAGAAAGAGAUUGAGAGAAUUCAGAGAGAGGAGAACAUGUCUCUGCCACAGGACUUAGACUACUUCUCUCUCCCGGUGUCACUGUCUCAGGAGGUCCGGGAGAUUCUGGACAGAGUUCGACCCAGCACUCUGGGUUCUGCUACACGUUUACAAGGCAUUACUCCUGCUGCAGUGGUCAACCUGCUGCGCUACGUUCACGGGACUAACGCGGGGCUUAAGGGGAGAACGCACACAAACCAACCAGAGCAAAAAGAGGAGAGAGACGAGGAGCGGUGUGCAACGAAAGCCUCUUUACCUCAGUGAUGAAGUAUCUAAUGUACAAAGAGAAUACAGUCUACAGAGUAUACAAGUAUUUGACUUUUUAAUAUGGUAAAAAAAUAAAAGCCAAAUGUGUC